AUGCCGAAGAGUAACUCCAAGGGAAAGGGAGGGAAGAACCGUCGUCGCGGGAAAGGGGGCGGCGAAGACGAGAAGCGCGAACUCAUCUUCAAAGAGGACGGUCAAGAGUACGCGCAAGUGUUGCGCAUGCUCGGGAACGGGCGCUUAGAGGCGCAGUGCAUCGAUGGGGUGAAGCGUUUGUGUCACAUUCGCGGUAAAAUGCGGAAAAAGGUUUGGGUGAACACCGGGGACAUCAUCCUGUUGGGCUUGCGGGACUUUCAAGACGAAAAGGCGGACGUCAUCUUGAAGUACUUGGCCGACGAGGCGCGCUCGUUGAAGGCGUACGGGGAACUCCCGGACACUUUCCGCGUGAACGAUACGGAUACGUUCGAAGAAGAGCGCGACGAGAACGAUGACUUCUUCGAUUUCGACGACAUUAAUGACAUUUAA